GGAGCUGCCACUACAGGGAGACAGGAAGCUGAUGAUACAACAAGAAAGGUGCAGUGAAGAUAAAAGAAAAUGGAUCGGAAUAGACGGAAACUGCAGCGGGCCUUGAGUCGGUAUGUCUCAAAUACUCUCAGGCAUAUGGUAGAUGUUAAAGAUUUCUGUGAGAUGUUCUAUGAAUGGAAGAACUGCAGAGAGAAAGAGGUGGAGAAAAUCAGAGACAUCAAAGAAAGAGCUGAUAAGAUUGAUCCUCCUUCCAGCAAGUCAAGCUUUAUGAAAAAUAUAAAGAGCAAAUUCCAGUUAAAUACAGACAGAAAACUUGCAGAACUGGAGAAGGAGCUGGAUGAAGUUUUGAAAGAAACACUGAAAGGUUUGGAGAAAUUCAACACCUUCUCUAAUGCGGUGGAGAAGCUGGCCGUCACAUCUCUGCAGGUUUUCACUGAGAACCAGAUAUUGUUCCUGCCUGAAGAGAUCAGCUUUGAUGAAGUUCAGGAUUUGAUCAAAUCUGCACAAGAGAUCUGCCCUCUGCUACUGGAGUUCAAACGAGAUGCAGCGGCUUUCUUUGUUCCCACAAGACACAAUGUGGAGGUUCUGCUGUACCAGCUGGAAAAACAUGUAAACACCAGCGAGAGAAUAUUUGAAAACCUUUCUGACAGCUUCAGAAUCGACAUUUUCCUGAAAAUAACACAUGACAUUGAUAUUGAGUGCGAUUUAUCUGAUAAUAAAAUGCAAAAAAUGACUGAUCAGGUCAAACAACUUGAUAAAAUCAGGAUGGACGACGACUUUCGGAUGAUGUUCCUGUUCCAGAGGUCCAGCUACUCAAAAUUUGUUAAGAAGUACAAUGUUGAGCUUCCUGAGAUGCUGCAGUUUCUUGAUCAGAUUGAGCAAUGUGCUGUUCAGUUAGACAAAAUGAAUAAGGGAGCAAAGAUCUCCAGUGUGACUGGGAGCUCAGUGGGAGCAGUGGGAGCUAUCCUGUCCAUUGUUGGCUUUGCUUUAAUUCCAGUUACAUUUGGUGUGUCUUUGGGGUUGACCAUUGCUGGUGCAGCUGUGGGAGCAACCAGUGCAGUGAACAGUGUAGUAACCACUGUAGUAGAGGCUGGAGUUAAUCAUACAAAAACACAACAAGCAAACACAGCCUUUCAAAGAUUCAUGUUUGGUGUUCAGAGAAUCCAGGACUGUCUGGAAGAGGCGGCCAAACUGCCAUUUGCUGGAGUUACACAAAAUAGUGAAGAUGUGCUUCACAUGACAGGAAAGAUUGCUGCAAAUGUACGUAGUAUUGAAAAGGCUGGUGGCUUCAUUGUUGAUGCAGCUGCUGUUGCAAAUGCAGGUAAUGCUGCACUACAGAAAGGAAAAGCAUUGGGUACUGUAUGCAAAAUGGCCUCAACUGUUCCUAAAAUUGGUAAGCCAGCAGCUAAAGGGUCUCUUGCUAUCGCCAAAGGAGCCAGAGCUGGCUUUAUUGCAGCCAAUGCCCUCUUCCUUGGCAUGGAUAUCUUGUUCAUAACUAAAGACAGCAUGGCCCUGGCUAAAGGGACAGAGACUAAGGUCUCUAAGUUCCUCAGAGCCAGAGCUGCUCUGUGGCGCUCAGAGAUCGAGGCCUGGGAGAAAAUCCAUAACUCACUGUGUCGCAGCAAACUGACCGCAGAGGAAAACAGAGAAAUGCUUGAGAAGCCAUUUUAUCCAUCCAUCCAUUCAUCUUCUUCCGCUUAUCCGGGGUCGGGUCGCGGGGGUAGCAGCUUCAGAAGGAGGCCCAGACUUCCCUCUCCCCAGCCACUUCUUCCAGGUCCUCCAGGAAUCCCAAGGCGUUCCCAGGCCAGCCGAGAGACAUAGUCCCUCCAGCGUGUCCUGGGUCUUCCCCGGGGUCUCCUCCCGGUUGGACGUGCCCGGAACACCUAACCAGGGAGGCGUCCAGGAGGCAUCCUGACCAGAUGCCCGAGCCACCUCAACUGGCCCCUCUCGACGUGAAGGAGCAGCGGCUCUACUCUGAGUCCCUCCCGGAUGACUGAGCUUCUCUCUCUAAGGGAGAGCCCAGACACCCUACAGAGAAAACCCAUUUCAGCCGCUUGUAUCCGCGAUCUGGUUCUUUCGGUCAUGACCCAAAGCUCAUGACCAUAGAUGAGGGUGGGAACGUAGAUCAACCGAUAAAUCGAGAGCUUCGCUUUUUGGCUCAGCUCUCUCUUCACCACGGUACAGCGCCCGCUUGACGGCAGACGCUGCACCAAUCUGCCUGUCGAUCUCCCGCUCCCUUCUUCCCUCAUUCGUGAACAAGAUCCCGAGAUACUUGAACUCCUCCACUUGGGGCAGGACACCCCCCCUGACCCGGAGAAGGCACUCUACCCUUUUCCGGCUCAAGACCAUGGCCUCGGAUUUGGAGGCACUGAUCGCCAUCCCAGCCGCUUCACACUCGGCUGUGAACCGCUCCAGCGAGAGCUGCAGAUCACGUCCUGAUGAAGCCAAAAGGACCAUACCAGUUAUCGGAAAACAGUUUAUAUUUUUAAUGAGUCGUGAAUACUUCUAUUGGGGAGUGGAUACUUGUAAGUGGUGAAAAUACUUUUUUAGAGGCCAAAACAGCAGCCAGCCUGACAGCAAGUUGACACAAAGCCACAGUGUUCAAAGGCUGAAUAACCUGUCUGAUAAAACACAGCAGCAGAUAUCAAUGUGAUGAGGUUAAUAUCAAGAAGCGACACUGAAAAUAUAAAAUAUAAAAGGCAUCAUUGGCAAAUGUUACAGAAAAUUAGCAUCCAUGAAUGAGGACUCGAUUAAUUACAUCAAACAAAGAUGGGAAAAAGAAGCAAAUGUAACAAUUUUAUCUGCGACCUGGGUGCAGGUUUGGAAGAACACUCUGUCUACCACAAAUUCUUUAACAUGACGUGACUUCUGCUGGAAGAAUCUAAUCAGAUUUUUCAUUACGCCUAAGUAGAAAUCGAAGCUGGGUGAUUCACAAUCCUACUGCUGGAGGGAGUGCGGUGUGAUUUCUGCGGACUGCUUUCAUAUUUUUUGGGACUGCCCAUUGUUGAAAAAAGGACGUUAAUCAACUAAUCUAUGAAGUCCUGGGUGUAAAAUUUCUUUCACUGUCAUGUAUCCCGGAAUACUUCCUGAGGGACUUGGGAAUAGGGACACGCACGGCGCUUCGUGUGAUGUAAUCCCUGAGCCGCGUCAGUGCGGGCAGCCCUGUUUUUAAUCCGAAGAUAGAUAGCGUGGCUGUCAGUACGCCAACAUCAUGCCAAAGUGAUAUCAUGUUAUUGUAGGAUUAUGUAGACCUAUGUUAAGUGAGUGCAUGCCACAGACAUCUCUUUGGGAUUCACCCAACAGAGACGUUUUGUUUUGUAAUUUGUUUUCAUAUAAAGAGUCUAGAAGAAAUCCAGAUUGAGAGUGAAGGAGAGAAUCUGAUAUAAACUUUAUUUUAGAGCAAUAUGGCUUAUCAUAAUCACACGGCUUUGCUCAAUUUGUUUUCAAAAUACUGUUGGGUAAAUUGUAUUAUUGGUAUUAUCAAUUAUUUGUUAUUCAUGUAGCCUUAUAGUUAUACCUUUAUAAUGUUUUUACUUAUAUGCUUUUACUUCAUUUUAAUCUUAGUAUAAAGAAUGUUUCUGUGUUGAAUAACUUUGAUUCCUUCCUGAGGCCUUACUGGGAGAAAGCAGUGACAACCGCUUCCAGCAGAGUUUAAGAAGAAUCUAGUGUGUAGAUAAUAUGUGUCUAGAUAGUGAUUGUCAUUAGCGCUGCAACUAUGUGUUGAUUUGUUUUCCCCGCCCUUUGAGAGUUGCAGCGCCCAAUGUGAUAGGGAUCCUAAAUACAAUAAAAGAGAUGAGCAGGGAUAUGUGAUUUCAGAGCCGUAGGAGAUUGUAACUGAAAGCACAUCUCUGUCUGUUCUCCUUGCAAGUAUUCAGAAUCCAUCUCUCUUGUCUUUCCUGUGUUUAAUUAAUUUUGUCUUUGAUAGGUGUUUGAACCUGACAAAUACUUUUGAUUUUCAGUGAAUGACAUGAAAUUUAUACAUAAUUCAACAUUAAAUAUGUAGGUAUAUCCAU